AAAUAGCACAACACUUCGCGCCCAAUUCAUUUCAACUACACAGUUUAACAUUCUCAAAGACCUCCAGAGGCUCCUUCCCCUUGAGAGCGAACGAUUCGACGAAUAAUUUCUAGGGUUUCAACUUCCGUUCAUUUCAACUUCUCCAAUCCAAACCUAAGUUCCUGAGUCGAGAUCGAGGUCUUCGAGAACUGAUUUCUAGGGCUUUUCUCGAGUUCAUUUCCACGAUUAAGCUCUACACUUCGAGAACGAAAUCCUAGGGUUUUCUUUUGCCUAAACUUAGUACAGAUCUCGAAAUGAAUAGGCUGGUAGGAUUGUCAGGGAUGAAGAACUUGGACCAGUUCAGAUCAUCGUUGUCAGGAUCCGUUUCAGGAGCGGCGAAAACCUACUCGAAUUCAGGUCCAUCUGGAAGUUUCGCCAAUUUGAAGCUCACUGCAGAGAAACUGGUUAAGGAACAAGCUUCUGCAAAAACUGAUCUUGAAUUGGCGAAUAAUAAGAUGAAGAAAUUGACAGAGCAUAUUCAUGCAUUGGAAGAGAAACUGCAGAAUGCAUUUAACGAAAAUGCUAAACUCAGAGUGAAGCAGAAAGAGGAUGAGAAGCUGUGGAAAGGAUUGGAAUCUAAGUUCACUUCGACGAAAACUUUAUUCGAUCAAUUAACUGAGACUUUACAACACCUAGCCGUUCAGGUUCAUGAUGCUGAGAAAGACAAGGAAUUCUUUGAAGAUAAGCUAUCAUCCAGUGCAUCAGCUAUUGAUAAUUUGCACGACCAGAUGAAGACUUUGUCUUUGAAAUUAGAGUGUUCAGAAGAAACUGUUAGAAAUUGCGAAAAAGAGUUUAAAGAACUCAGCAUUGAGAAAGAUGAGGUCGAGAAAUCUUUUAGAAAUGAACAGUGCAAAGCUGCCAAUCUCAUCGACGAAAAAGAUACUAUGAUCAAGCAUUUGGAAGCUACUGUAACAGCUGAUAGGUUGGGUAUGGAGAGCUUAAACUCGAAGUUGGAAGAGUUGCAUUGUGAGUUGAGAUUCAAGGAAGAUGACCUCAAACACUUGAGAAUCUCAGAGGACAUGUUGGAGAAAGAAAAGAGUGAUCUUCUAACUAGCAACAAAGAAUUUGCUAGCAAACUAGACAAGGCACUCCAAGAGAUAAGGAACCUUGAAGAUUUUGCCAAUCUGCUGGCUGCCAAGUUAAAUGAACUUGAUAAACAAAGUUUGACUUUUUCAGACAAGGUUGUUCAGUUAAACUCUUUGUAUGACUCUUGCUUCAAGUUGGUUCAGGAGGAGAAAGACCUUGGUUCUCAGUGUGCUAAAAAACAAUAUGAUCAACUCCACAGUAUGACUUUGCAUGUUACAUCAGAGAAAAAUGCACUUCAAGUGGUGAAUAAGGAGUUAACCAAUACGAUCAUUGAACUUCGGAAAGGUCAAGAAUUUGCAAUGGUACAGCAUGCGGAGGAAUGCCGUUUAGCAGAGGAGAGAAUUCGAAGGUUGGAAUCUGAAGCAGAAAGUCUUCUUUCUAGGAAGUCUGAAAUGGAAUUGUUGCUUAACAAAUCAGGGGGGGAAAUUAAAACUUUAUCAGAAAGUUUAAUAUUGUCCGAGAGUAAAAUGCAAGACUUGUUAUUGAAAAUUUCAGCAUUGGAAUCUGAGAGCAAAGAUUCUACAGAAAAACUACAGGAAGAGAUACAGAAAAAGUUGGAGGAAGUGGAAAGUUUACAAGAAGAAAUUGAUAAACACGAGCAGCAUCGAGAUUCACUGGAGAAGCAAGUUGGCCAACUUCAAACCACUCUAGACGAGAAGGAACAGCUUGUUCUGCAAUCUACGGACAGAGAGAAAGAGCUGGACGAUCAAAAAGCAGAGCUUCAGGCGGCACUGGUAGAUGCUGAAAGUAAACUUUCUGAAGCGAAGAUGCAAUACGAUUCGAUGCUUGAACGUAAGCAAUUAGAAUUGUCAAGACAUUUGAAAGAACUAUCUCAGAGAAAUGAUCAGGCCAUUAAUGAUAUCCGGAGGAAGUUUGAGGUUGAGAAGCUGGAGAGUGUUACCGUUGAGAAAGAAAAGGCUGAUAAAGCUGUUCAAGAAAUGGAAAGAAAAUGUGACCAAAAGCUUGCAGAACACAAGGAGGAAUCCCAACAGUAUUUGAUGUGUAUACAGGAGGAACAUGCUGCUUUGAUCACCUGUAUCCAGCAGGAGCAUAGUACAAAGGAAUUGAACCUUAAAUACAAUCACAGUGAUGAGCUAAAACGUGUUCAACUUCAAGCUGAAAAUGAGUUGAGAGAGAAAACAACGCUACUGCGGAAUGAACAUGAAGUGCAGUUAAGGGCAUUGAAAUGCCAGCAUGAAGAUGAAUGCAGGAAACUUCAAGAGGAGUUGGACGUCCAGAAAUCCAAAGAGGACAGGCAAAGGGCGUUGUUGCAAUUGCAGUGGAAAGUAAUGAGUGACAAACCACCUGAGGACCAAGAAGUAAACUCAAAAAAGAAUCAUUCUGUUUCGUCAACCAAGGUGAGAAAUUCUGAAGGUGGCAGAAGAAGCCAACAUGCUCCGGUCUCUGUGGAGAAUGUACAAAAGGAUUCACCUUACCUAAAAGCAACACAGACACCUGUCUCAACCUUGUUGAAGAAAGUGGAGAAGGUGAAUACUGGAAGUGUAAUGAGUAUUCCUAAGCACAGUAGGAAGGUAACACACCGUGAGUAUGAAGUUGAAACAUCUAAUGGUAGGACAAUUACGAAGCGAAGAAAAACAAAGAGUAUGGUCAUGUUUGAGGACCCAACAAAGCGUAAGAAGGGAACGCCAAAAGUUUCUACCCCCAGAGAUGUUCGCAAGGGAAUGAAGGGAGGGAAUCCACACCCUUCCAACAUAGGUGAUUUGUUCUCAGAAGGGUCGCUGAAUCCAUAUGCAGAUGAUCCCUAUGCAUUCGAUUAGAGGUUGCUAGUAAAUAAAUAAAGUGUCUAAGGAUGGUUGGCCAAACAUACAUAAUAGUAUGGCUUGUUCGGUGCUUUACUUGAUUCUUUUUUCUGCAAUAAAAUCUGUUCCAUGGAUUGAACCAAUGACACAAAGCAUUGAAACAGAGUAUUUUUCUUUCCCAUGUGUGGAAUUCUCUACGGUAAUUGUGGACUUCUGCACUGACGGAAGAUGCAUCAACUGCUUUAUGUCCAAAAGGUUGUUGAAUGCUCGAGUAGGAGAAGAAUGGGAAAGGGACAGACAUUUGAAUUUUGUAAAUAAACUUCUAUAUUUUCUAUAAUUGUCAAGAAGUAUUCCAAAUGAGGUCUGGUGGUGAGAGUAACAAACAAUUUUCUGAAUGGAUGGUAUCUGGAACUGAUAAUAUCUGUGAUUUGGUGGCACUGCUGAUAAUUGUUUUUUGGCUCAAUAGAAUAUUUCAUGUUGAACUUUCUCUCUUGAAAU